AUGCUUCCGGUUGUCCCCGGAGACCAAAAGCUGGCUUCGCCGGAAAUCUGCUGCGAAAUGAUUAUUGUUGUCCACCAUUCGAAGCCUCCGGGGGAAGCUAAAGUGAAGAAGGGAUUCGAUGCCCGGGAUACCCACGAGGGCUCUCACAGGACCUCGAACACGUCCUUCGAGGGUCGGGCCUACUUUUAUCCGAAUCGGUUGCCAGCGGCCGUCCUCGAAAUCCGGCAAACCAAGGCAAACGACAGCGGAGUCUACCGAUGCCGGGUGGAUUUCCACAAGAGUCCUACCCGGAACACCCGGGUACAACUUUCGGUGAUCACUCCCCCGGAAAAGUUGCUGAUAGUGGAUUCCAGUGGCCAAGGGAUUCGGGAUUUUGUCCUGGGCCCUUACAACGAGGGAGCAUCAGUCAAUUUCACCUGUGUUGCCAGUGGAGGACGCCCAACGCCGACAGUCAACUGGUGGUACGACAACGAAAUCGUGAACCAUUCGGCCACGGUCCUGUCGGAUCGGCGGGUUAAAAACACUCUGAUCCUGAGCCGGCUGGAGCGGAAACACCUGAAGGCAGUGUUCACGUGCACCGCCAGCAACAACAACGUGACCGUGCCGAUUUCGGCCGCGGUCACGCUCGACAUGAACCUGAGACCAUUGAUGGUUCGAUUGCAGGGCAAGAAUCGGCCCCUCUCUGCAAACCACACCUACGAUCUGCAGUGUGAGGUCCAUGGAUCCCGGCCGGCCCCUAUCAUCACCUGGUGGAAGGGCAGCACCCAGAUGAGGGGCCACAUGGAAACGACCGAUCCCGAGGGAAACGUUACGGUGUCCAUCCUGGCAUUUCGACCGACCAUCGAUGAUAAGGGCAAGUACCUAUCCUGCCGGGCUGAGAUGGCCGUCAUUCCGGAUGCUGGCAAGGAGGACGGCUGGAAGUUGGACAUUUACCAUGUUCCGGUGGUGACCCUCGAGUAUGGGACCAACUACAACUACACUUCAUCCAUCCGGGAGGGAGCUGAUGUUUACUUCGAGUGUAACAUUAAAUCCAAUCCCUGGGUGUAUAAAGUGACCUGGAAGCAUCAGGGCAAGGAACUUUCGUCCAGCAUAGUGGAUGGGAUUAUUGUGUCCAACCAGAGUCUGGUGCUGCAGAAUGUGAGCCGGGAGCGAGCUGGUCUCUAUACUUGCGUUGGAAGCAAUCGGGAGGGCGAUGGCGAGAGCAACCCGGUACAUCUGGACAUUAAGUUUGCUCCGGUUUGCCGUCCGGGUCUGGUCACGACCUACAACGUGGGCCGAUACGAGCAGGCCAAAAUCGUCUGCGAGCUGGAAGCCAAUCCCACGGAAGUGGCCUUCGUCUGGAAGCACAACACCUCGGUGGCAGAGAAUCUGGACUUCCCGGCAGCCCAAGUGACCAGUGAACAGGCCAAGAGCAUCCUGCGGUUUAAGCCGAUUAGCGAAAGUGACUAUGGAACUCUCCUGUGCUGGGGCACGAACGAAAUUGGGGCUCAAACGGAGCCUUGCGUUUUCAAUCUCAUACCAGCAGGUAAACCGGAUGCCCUAUCAAACUGCACCAUCCUAAACCAGACCUUCGACAUGCUCCAGAUCGAGUGUCUGGAGGGUUUCGAUGGCGGUUUGCAGCAAGAAUUCCUGGCCGAAAUGUACGUCAUCGGCAAUCGGCAACUGAUCGGCUCUAUCAAAACAAGAGCUCCUCUUUUCGACCUGAAAGGGCUAGAGCCGGGCGUCGGUUACAACAUAUUCUUAUCGGCACGAAACUCCAAGGGGGCCAGCGAUCCGACCUACCUUCAGGCCUUCACUCUCAAGAACCCGGAAAAGCAAACCGAUCUUUCCCUGGUUUACGCACCGACGCUGCAUCAAAUCAAACCAUUUAUCGGAACCCUGCUAGGAGUGGUGGCCGCUAUCAUCUCAAUCGCUUCGAUCAUCGUGUGCAUAACCAGGUUGAGAGGCUCGGCUGGCCGGGAUCGAGAUUGUAGCAACAUGUCCACCAACGACGCUUCCGGCAUCAGUCAAUCACUGCCAACGGAUGGGGAACUGAUGAGCCGGGAGCAGCAGUGCAACGGAAGCAUCGAUAGCAUCGAGAAGAAUCCGGACAUCAUUCCACAAGGUAAAGUUUCAGUCUCUCUAAAUUCCGCAGGGAAAUUACCCCACCUGUUGGAAGAAGAUGAGAAAGCGUUCGAGUGGCUGAGCAGUUCCGGUGCCGGUGGCCAUCCGCGGUUGUACGCGACGGCUGCCCUGGCCGAACAGCAACACGGAGGACUGGGUGUUGGAGGGGGAGGAACGGCUGCCACGGUUGGGUAUCCGGAUACGAGGACAUUUUACGCGACUCUUCGAGACGGAAGCUGCAUGCAACAGAACGUAUUCCCAUCGGCACUGGCGCCCGCUGGCGAUAAUCAGAACUACAUCCCGGUACACAGCGGCAUAAUUCCGACGCCGAUCAUCGGGGGAUAUGGAUCCGACGGGCACAAGCACGACCUGACGUACGCGGAUUUGACGAGCUUGUCCGGGGGCCAUCAGAUGGGCCAGAAGCAGAUGUACGUGAGUGCCACCCUGGGCCGACCGAGGCAGUCCGAUAUCAAACGAAGUGAGCCGACGAUCUAUGCACAGAUUGAUUUGGCACACCAUCCGUCGGUCCAUUCGACAAAUUUGGUCUACACCAACACCCGGGCCGGGAUUCCGAUUUCGCACCCGGGCCAGUUUCCGGGAAGUGGGAUGGGCAUGAUGACUCCACCCCCCAGCUCGGCCAGCGGAGGACUCACGGAGAGGUUCCCCCCACCCCCGUCGCUCUUUGUCGGCGGUGGAGGAGGUGGGAUGGGGCCGCACGGAAUGGGGUCCAUAGGCCUACCUCCAACGUCGCUUAGUGGUAUCAGUGAUGCGCCCUCCAGUUUGCUGCAAACCGUCCCGGAAAUUCCACCCCUGUGUAGCAGCUCAGUCGGGGACAACAACGUCUCGGUUUGCCCUUCGCCCCUGCCGCCUACUUCCGGAUCCGGCCCUGGCCAGGUGUCGAUGGACCAGCGAGCGGCCAUGCUGCACAACGCGACCCGUUUCUGAUAGGAAAUCCGUUCCCGGGCAACUCCCCCGCCACCCCCGCUUCGAACCAGCAGCUUUGAACGGUGCUCCUAGACGGUGAAAAGGUAGAAAGAGAGAAGUAUAAUAUUAGUGAAUGAAUUCCUGGGGAAAAGUGGGGUGAAAAAAAUGUCAAAGGGUUGUCUGGCACUUUGUUUAAGGACUAUUUACCUUAAAUAGGGAAAAACUCGACUUACAACUAGCUACUUAUUCUAUUUCUAAAACUUAUUCUCUUACUCUUAUAUAGGCAGAAGAAAAAAAAACAGAAAAUCUAUAAAUGGAUAAAAACUGAAAGAAACUAAAUCUCAUUCAUCUUCUAUCAUCCACAAGCGAAAAAAAGAACCGGAUCGUACCGAAAUUUGAUAACUAGUUAAAAGUCAACUCAAACAAAAAAACUGUAACUAGACUUGAUGAGAGCCAAAAGCCCGUGUCCUUGUAUUUAUGGUCCUUUAAAGAUGUAUAUAUUCAUACAGAAAAAAAAAUUAACAAUCGGAAACAGAUUAGCCAAUUCAAAACUAGAUAAGGGAUUUUUUACCAAAGUACAUAAACAAAGGAUCAAUCAGACAAAUCCGUCGCUGGAAGUGCAUGAAAUUUAUAGAAGUUUCAACCAAGAUCGGUCACAAGAACCUAUAAAAAAAACUUGUAAUUAAAACAGAAAAGAGCAGAGCCUAGAUUAAAGUUGUAAAUAGUUUGCGGAGAGGACAAUUUUUAAGAAAAACCCAAAAUGACACUACCCAUAACAUCUACUAAUGGAAUCAUUAACAAACCAAAAAAAAAACUCAAACCCCAUACGAUUAUUGUGCUAACCAAUCUCUUGAUAAACGAAACAAACAGUAAAACAAAUAAAGUAACGAAAAGUUGUACGAAUAUGUUAACAGACAAAGUGGGAUAUUAAAACAAAAAAAAACCCGAAAACAACCGAAAGAAACAAAACUGAAAUAAAUGGAAACUAAACAAUUAACUACUAACUAACUAACUAACUAACAGAUAACAUUUACAAUUUCGAAAGAACAGAGAAAAAAAAUCAUCCAAACAAACAAAUCUGUAAGGUGAAAUUAUAAAUUAAAAAGGAAAAAAAAGUUUUUUUUUCUCUUACAAAAAAACUUUUAUUUGAUUCCUAGGUUUAACGCUUUGGUUCGUCAAUUGUCGACCCAAGUUCGAAGAACGUGAAAAAAAUAAAGUUAGGAAAGGAACACAUUUUGUGCCAGAAAUUUGUUGUAAAUAUGAAGAGAACGUUGUGUGAUUAGGCGUAAAAAAGUUUUUGACGUGAAUGAAUGCCAAAAGAACGUGCGAACAGUUUGAAAUGAUGCAACAAACUUAAACUGUGUAAAAACUGAAGAGAGUUAAAAAUAACUAUUAUAUUACCUUAUUAAUUAACAUUAUUCAAAUAAGUUCAAACGAAAAAAAAAAUAAAACCGAGAGUUUCGAAUGGAAAAGAACGAACGAACGAAAAAUAAACCUAAAAAAACAAAAUACAGUAAUUAGUCGCCGGAUGGGCAGGAGAGGUCGUUGGAGAGACUUUUGUUUGCAAAUAGAAAACAGAAAUGACUUAUACUAAUGAUUGUUAUGAUGAUGAUGGUAUGUUGCAAGUUGUAUAAUAAACGAACAAAUACAUAAAAAAAAAACAAACAAACACCCACGAUAAAUAUGAACGAUAUGGAAUGUAAAACAAUGAAUAAAUAAAAAAAAU